AUGAGUUACAAACGCUUGAUUCUCCUCUCUCUAUAUACCGCUAUAGUACUCGGACAUGGCGAAGAGCAAGCCGAGGAUAUGGGCCCUGUCGCCUUUCUGUGGCCACCAGAUCGGCUUUGGGGCGCUGCUGAGUCACCUGUCUGGUAUGAAGUCUUCACCACUAACAUGUCCUACCAAGUCAAUGGUCAAUUAGCGCUUGUCGUCAAAGACGAGUCAUGGAAUGUACAGGUUGCGGUUUCCCAUAAAAAUAACCCAUUAAGCAAUGAUGACUUUGAGACCUUUAUCUCUGCCACGCGCAUCCCUGAUAUUGAGGUUGGACAUGAAUGCUACCCGGUUCCUAAUGUGCCCGCCGACGUCGAAGCAGGGUCGAACGCAACCUUCCAGAUCAAGUAUACAUCAGAUGAAGACGGAGCCGCCAAGAACGAGACAUACUACGCCUGUGCUGAUAUCAUCUAUGUGCCGACUAGUCAAUUCACCUACCAGGUGCCGUGUUUCAAUGUGACGGCUGAUGAGUUCACUGCAGUCACGACAACUGCUUCCGCGGGUUCAACCGCUACGGGAACUUCUUCUAGCUCGAUGGCCACCGCAAAAGAUGCAAAAAAGUCUAGCUCUGGUCUAUCCGGUGGCGCCAUCGCCGGCAUUGUGGUUGGUUCGGUUGCCGCGGUAGCAAUUGGGGCCAUCUUGCUGUUCGGAUACAGGAGGCUGCUACAGAAGUACCGCUUUAUGCGUCAAAAGGCGUCGACUCGUAACGUCAAUUGGGAUGGGAACAAUACUUUCCCUAGAAAUGAUGAUGCUCAGGAUGCUACGGGUCUUCGUAAACUUAAGUGA